AUGUUAGCAUCUCUAUAUGGGGGAUGUUUCUCAGCUGUGACGGUUUACGCGGUUGGGUGGAUGGCUAAGAAGAAAGGCCCGGUCUUCGUGAGCAUCUUCAACCCGGUCAAUCUGAUUGCCACGGCGAUCAUUAGCUCAAUCGUACUGGCCGAGCAAAUGUUUGUGGGGAGGAUCAUUGGGGCGUUCGUGAUCCUCAUUGGCAUCUCCUUUGUUCUCUGGGGAAAAAUGGGAGAACAAACCUAG